AGCGCCCUCCGCCUAGCUUUCGGUGUGAGACGUCGAGCUGAGCGACCGCGGCAGAGAACGAGAUGCCGGUGGCUGUGGGUCCCUACGGGCAGUCCCAGCCCAGCUGCUUCGACCGCGUGAAGAUGGGCUUUGUCAUGGGUUGCGCCGUGGGUAUGGCGGCCGGGGCCCUGUUCGGCACCUUCUCCUGUCUCAGGAUCGGAAUGCGGGGUCGGGAGCUGAUGGGCGGCAUUGGGAAAACCAUGAUGCAGAGUGGCGGUACCUUUGGCACUUUCAUGGCCAUCGGAAUGGGCAUACGAUGCUAAUUAGGGCACGGAUGCCCUGCUACACCCAAACUUCCUCAUCCAUUUCGAACCUUGUACAAUAAAGUUUUUUUCUUCUUGUUAUCAGUCUAAUUUGACUUCAAA